UUCUUUCUCUUGUUUAGAAAAAUGGAAAAAAAUAGAGGCACAUCAUUCAACCAACAAGAAGAUGAGUUGUUAUGUCAUGUCUACUUAGAAAUUUCACAAGAUCUCAUUGCUAGCAACAAUCAAACUCUAAAGAAACUAUGGGAAAAAAUAGAAAAAACUUACAAUGAGAAAAAAACAGAGAGUUGGGAAAUUAGAAGUCAGAGGUCUUUAGAAGGUAGGAUGGAUACUAUUUUGUAUGCUGUUAGAAACUUGAAGAGCUGUGUGAUCCAAGUGCAAAAUAUGCAUCCAAGUGGUGCAUCCGAUCAAGACAUUAUGGAAAAGAUAAUGUCAAUAUCGGUAUUCCGGAUAUUGAGAACGAUAUUGUCGGUUCUCCAGCAUCACAAUCUCUUGGAAUUUCUUCAAAUUCGUCACAACGUCCUAUUAGAUCAAAGAAAGCAAAACUUAAAAGGAAACUUCAUGAAGGUCACACCCCAAGCCUAA